UAUAACGUUUACAACCAUUGACGCACCAUCUUCUGCACGAGUACAAUAUUGUCUUUUUUCACUAGUGAGCAUUUCGAAAGUUAUGAAAGAUUUGUGUGACAACGGGUUAAGAAAGAAUCCGUCCAUGAGGUACAAAAUGGAUUUCAAAUAUUGCAUGACACUGAAAGUCACGGGUGUGUUUUUAUUUUUCGUUAUUUUUAUCACAACUGGAUAUGUAGCCAUGCGAAUCUGGACGACAGACUCAUUCGAACGUUUCAUCCUACAAAGGCUCAAAGUAAUCAACGGCACUCGUAUUUACGAUAUAUGGAAACAACCCGAUGCCUACUCACUUGCGUACGUGUACCCUUUCAAUUACACGAAUAUCGACCGACUCAACAAAGGAGAAAAAUUGAAAGUUGAAGAACUUGGCCCUUACGUUUUCGAGGAGAGGAUGCACAAGGAGAACGUCGUCUUCCAAAGUGACAAAUUAGUCACUUACAACGAAAAUAUGACCCAUCAAUUUCGACCGGAGCUCUCGAAAGGAUCGCUCAACGAUUCGAUAAUCACGCCCGACGUUAUUGUCCUAGCUGCCAUCAGUAAGAAUAUCGGAAACGUAUUCAACACCGGUGCCCUCAGGUUGAUGCUCACGACGGCGAAAGCGAGCCCGUUCAAAUCUUAUUCGGCGAAAGACUUGAUAUUUGGCUCCGAUAAGGACAGAUUAUCAUCCACAAUGAGGAUUCUCUCAAGAUUAUUAAACAACGAAGACAUUCCGAAAUUUGGAGUUCUUGCACAAAGAACCGGCUUCAGCGUCAAUAGGAUCACGGUGGGAACUGGUGUCGACGAUAUUGACAAUUUCGCACUUAUUCAUGAGGUCAACGGUAUGAAAAAGCUGAACGUUUGGUCGAGCGACGAAUGCAAUAAUCUCACAGGUUUUGAUGGCUCCAUAUUUCCAGGUCGUGUAUCGGCGACUAAGGAUACGUUGCACGUUUUCUCGUACAGCUUGUGCAGACGGAUCCCACUGAGGUUCGCAAAGGAGACGAUAGUAGGGAUGUACCCGGCGAGACGCUUCGUCCUCCCACCUGACGUCUACGCCUCUGGAGCGGACAACCCGGAAAAUUCAUGUUUCUGUCAGGUCAACUGUCCUCCUUCGGGAGCUUUCAGCAUCAAACCGUGCAACUAUGAUGCACCUCUUGUCAUAUCCUAUCCUCAUUUUCUCUAUGGAGACCCGGAGCUUAUAAACCACAUCGAUGGACUGCAUCCCAUCAAAGAGAAACAUGAGUUUUACGUGGACAUACAUGCUACUCUUGGUCUUACUCUGUCUUCAAACUCGAGGUUUCAGAUAGGCGUAGUGAUCCCGGACGCACCCGACUAUUUUAUACUGAAACCAUUCUCACCAGGGCUUGUUUUGCCCAUCGCCUGGGUUGAUAUAAAAAUCGGACAGGUGGGCAGAGAAAUGAGCGACUUGCUUUAUGAAGGUACAUUCACGGCGAGCAGUAUGAAACUGACGUUCGGCAUCAGCGCGACGCUCGCGGCGCUAUUUAGCAUGCUGGCCAUCUGCCUAAUCUGUCUAAAAGGUUUAUCUUACAAUUAAAGCCGAAGCUGAGGGAAGCUUUAAAAUUAAAGUAUUUUAUCGUCUCUUCAGACAUUCUACCUUCAAUAUCGUUAAAUUUAUUUAAUAGUUUUUCUAACUUAACAUGUGAUAUAGACUAGUUAUUGAUGUCUUAUAAGAUUUAUUGGCGUUUCAGUAAGAUUAAAAUGCCUAGAUCUGUGAUGAAACAAAUUUUCAGCCUUUU